UUGUCUUCGUUUUAAGCUCUGCUCCUUCCUCACCAAAAUGCAAAGCACUGUAAAGACGGAGGAUCUCACUGAUACUACAAACAUCGAUGAUGACAGUAAUGCUCAGAUGCAAAGCACUGUAAAGACGGAGGAUCUCACUGCUACUACAAACGUCGAUGAUGACAGUAAUGCUCAGAUGCAAAUUUUCAUAAACGCCGUCACUUGCAACAGUAAGUUUGCCUUGGAGGUGAAGACUUCUGACACUAUUGAAAACGUUAAGGCCAUGAUCCAGGACAAGCUGGGCUUCCAUCCUGAUCACCAGUGGCUUUUAUUUGCUGGCAGGAAGCUGGAGGAUGGUCACACCCUGGCAGACUACAAGAUCCCGAAGGACUCCACCCUUCACCUUCUUUUACGCUUGCAUGGUGAUAAAGAGGCUCUGCCAAGUUUCUUUCUUUUAUACGGGAAAGAGGCUUAAGGCACCCUUGCAGGUCCAUGCUCCACUUCGUUCUCAGCCUGCUUUGAGUGUUCUGCUGGCUCUCAUCGUUGCUAACUUGGAGCUCUAGGUCUCCAAUAGUGGUGUCCAUCUUCUAGUUUCAAUGUAAAUAAGUUUUUAAGUAUAUGAUAUAGUGAUAUGAAAAGAAAAAGUUAUGUAAUAUUAAUAUUAUAUU